GAGUGUCGAGACUCACGAUUUGCCCAUGAUGAUAGGGCGGGAGGUGUGCUUGGCUCGGCUUGAGCGGCGGCGCCGAUGCGGCGUUUGGGGGGAGAAGUAGUUGUGUUGUUGUCGGGGUUAUUGCGAUCGCAGCUAAUGUCGUCACUCGCACAAGCAACCUGCCUGGGCUGGGCUGGCUAGCGGAAAGGCCGGAGUGGAUCUUGCGCAGAGGACUGCCGGUCGUCGCAGAGCGGAGCAGAUGUGCUUGGCCUUGUCGUUGCCGAGGAGCAAUCGUCGUCGAUGCCGGAGCAGCCUUGUGUCCUCGGAAUGGCGACGUCAAGUGUCUUGCCUGCAGUGGUACAGCGCGUGCGAACAAGGCGGGUGGCUGCGCGCGCAGUCGUGGGGUGGUUGCGUGAGUGGAUGCCCCGGGAAAAAGGAUGUAGGAGACAGCGAGGAGCUCGUCAGCGUGUGUUGGUGGUGGUGGUGGUGGUGGUGGGAUUAGAGUGGCGCGAGCAAGUGAGGGGAGGGCGGCCGACGACUGCAAGAGCAAGGGUUGUUGUUGCUAGGCAGGAAGGAGGCGGCGGCGGCCACUGGCUGGCUGGGGACCAGGCCAGACUCGACUCUGCUCUGCUGCGUUUGACGGGCAGGGCGGGACAGCAGGCUCUGGUACCCGGGGUGGCAUGCCACCUUAAUUCACGUAGAGCUAGGCUGUCUCGUCACAGCGGGGGCGACCAGGGCUGGAUUGCCUGUCCGCUGCGGUUCACAAGUCAAGGAAGACAAGCUCUCUCGAGCGGCCGGUGCUGAUGCUUGGUAUGUAUGUCGACUGGAUGGAGGUCGCCUUUGGCCCUGAUUGGUGUGAAUCCAGGCAGCGCACCAUCCUGUGCCAGUGAGCUGGCGCCUUCGAGAUUGUGAGUGGGCGGGUGCGCAGAUGCCACCCCGUCCGGAGUGGGGGCUAAGCAGGAUCGGUGCGUAACCAGGUACGUACGUAUGUAGGUGGGCGGGUUGGGACGACGAGGGCAAUGAUGACG